GUUUGCGUAUCAGUCGACGCACACCAGCAGCUCGUUGUUCGAUGUUUGCGUUGAACGCAUCUGCUUCAGUGAAUCUGUGGCGCGCGGGAAAUCAACACACUGUUUUAUUACGAAGAACAGUUUAUAGCAGAGCUGUGAGAGGUGCAGCGGAGAGGAUGUCGACAUAUUAUUGACUUGUCGUCGAGACGAGUGAACAACGCUGUGUGUUUUCUUCUGACACUGCAGUGGCGAGAAUGACGGAAUAUAAGUUGGUGGUGGUAGGUGCAGGUGGCGUGGGCAAAAGUGCUCUGACCAUCCAGCUCAUCCAGAACCACUUUGUUGAUGAAUACGACCCAACCAUUGAGGACUCAUACAGAAAACAGGUGGUGAUUGAUGGAGAGACAUGUCUGUUGGAUAUCCUUGAUACUGCAGGUCAGGAAGAGUACAGUGCAAUGAGAGACCAGUACAUGAGGACCGGAGAGGGCUUUCUCUGUGUCUUUGCCAUCAACAAUACCAAGUCUUUUGAGGACAUUCAUCAGUACAGGGAACAGAUUAAAAGGGUCAAAGACUCUGAUGAUGUGCCUAUGGUGCUUGUGGGCAAUAAAUGUGACCUGCCAGCACGCACAGUGGACACGAGGCAAGCCCAGGAACUGGCCCGUAGCUAUGGUAUACCCUACAUUGAAACCUCAGCCAAAACGAGACAGGGAGUGGAAGAUGCCUUUUACACACUUGUCCGUGAAAUCAGGCAGCACAAGUUGAGGAAACUGAACCCACCAGAUGACAACGGCCAAGACUGUAUGAAUUGCCGUUGUGUGGUGUCAUGAUCCGUGAAUGUGCUUCACAUGGCUUUAAGAGCAGUGCAGUCUGCCAGACCACAAAAGCUGCAACACCUUCACAGAAGCUGGAUGUUAGAGCAGACUGUGUAAAAGGGAAACCUUUAUUCUGGCACCCCUGCAGUCUACUUAGGGACGUCCCUGUCUUUCACCUUUACUGGGGAUGAAAGAAGUUGUACCUCAUUUUAAUGGUCUGAACACUGGAGUGGCAAGGACUGGAUGAAAAGAUGCCACAAAUAUAUUUAUAUUAAACUAACUAUCUACUCUUAACUGGAAGUUAUAGCUCAGAAAAUAACCUCUCAAAUUGCUGUGGAUGUUAGGAAAAACACUCAAUAUUAGCAUAUGGAAAGGAGAAUUGUGGCAUUCGUUAGAUCACUUAGAAGAAGAUUUGUAUUGCAGUUUGCUUAAGUCAAACCUAAUAAAUUGUACAUAAUUCAAAGAGGACAUUUAUUAAUAUGCAGUAUGUUUAUCACAGGUUAUGGUGCAAUAGAUUGUGAUGUGGAUUUGAAGGGACACCUCCAAUAAGUGUUUGAUUUGCACAUAUAGGAUAAUGUUUUAAAUUGGAGGACGCACUCGCCUUUAUUCUUGGUUAGCCUUUGGUUUUGAAUGACCCUCAGUGUCUGAAUUGUGGCUUGACUAAAUAUCAAGAUGCUUUUAAAUUAAUGUAUUGGACAAGUGCAUAGUUUGCAUAUAACUGAAUCGGCUACAGAUUUAUGAAGGUCUUAUUAAAGGUGCACUCAUAAUGAAAUGAAUUGUAAUUUUGAAAGCUGUUUAAAUCUACAUGGAGAGGGUCCCCUCAUGGGGGCCACCAUGUUAGGAUCACAUGACCAGCCGAAUACUACUUACUUAAUCUCAGCAAUUUCCCUGUUAUUGGACAUUUUCACUUGAUUAAAGUUAUGGUUGACUGGGAAUAUUAGUGAAUUUCUACAAUGACAUCAGUAACUGAAAACUAUUAUGUUUGAAUUAAACUGCAUGCACGCACCUAGGUCAGUGUAAUCCAUGAUGACAUAAACCAAAAAAUUACUGAGUGCACCUUUAAAGAAUAACCAUACUUACUGGAAAACUAGCGCAAACCUACUAUAAAUUUAACAGAUUAGACUGAAAAGCAUUCUGCAAUGUUGUUGCCCACCACAGUGUUGUUUCAUUGAUCAGGACUUAAGAUUGACAUUUUUUAGACAUUAUAUGUCAAGUAUGAUUUUUUCUGUUUUUCAAUUGCAUUCUUUCCCUUAUGCCUUUCAGUGGUCAUUUCUCAUGUUUGUAUCAUGAGCUAAUGAAGACAUCAAGCUUAAAGGGAAAUUUCACAAAAAAUGAAAAUUCUCUCAUCAUUUACUCAUCCUCAUGCCAUCUCAGAUGUAUAUGACUUUCUUUCUUCUGCUGAACACAAAUGAAGAUUUUUAGAAGAAUAUCUCAGCUCUGUAGAUCCUCAUAAUGCAAGUGAUUUGAAGCUCCAAAAGCACAUAAAGGCAGCAUAAAAGUAAUCCAUAAGACUCCAGUGGUUAAAUCCAUAUCUUCUGAAGUUAUCUGAUAGGUGUGGGUGAGAAACAGAUCAAUGCACUUUUUUACUAUCUGUCUCCACUUUCACAUUCUUCUUUUGUUUUUGCCAAUUUGCAUUCAUCGUGCAUAUCACCACCUAUUGGGCAGGGAGGAGAAUUUACAGUAAAAUAAAGGACUUAAACAUAGAUCUGUUUCUCACCCACACCUAUCAUAUCACAUUUGAAGACAUGGAUUUAAUUUAUGGAUUACUUUUAUGCUGCUUUUAUGUGCAUUUUGAAGCUUCAAAAUUCUGGUCACCAUUCACUUGCAUUGUAUGGACCUACAGAGCUGAAAUAUUCUUCUACAAAUCUUCAUUUGUGUUCUGCAGAAGAAAGAAAGUCAAACACAUCUGGGAUGGAAUGAGGGUGAGUAUAUGAUGAGAGAAUUUUCUUUCUUUUUUUCAUUUAUUUCAGUGGUUUAUUUCUCGAUACCUCUAUCAGACACUCUAUUGCUUGUAUUACUCCCUUACUGUGAAUAUUUGUGUAAGAGAAAAUAUGUUCUGUCUAUAGUCAUAUAUGCAUAUAUAUUCAUGCUGUCCAUCAGCAACAUGUGGUGAAAUUGCAGUAGAGCAACAGUCUGGACUUUUCUUUUGUGACUGCUAAAAAUUGGAGGGAUAAAGAUAUAAAAUUUAAACAAAGACCUAAUAAUAAAUUUAUGUGAAUCCGA